GUUACUCUUAGAAAAUACCCACUCUUCUAAUUCAAAAUGAAACCUGUAUUUGUUGCAAUUUUUAUGGUCAUCGUUGUGGCUGCCGUAGCUGAUGCCACAGCUUUACUCCAAUGCGGUGAAAACGAAGCACAAGGAUGUGAACCCUGCUGCCCUCAAUCAGAAGUUACUUGCCAAAACAAAGUAGCUCAACCAUGCGAUAGACCUUGUGCACUAAUUUGUAGAUUUAAAUGCGUUUGUGCUGCAGGAUACCUCAGAGAUACCAACACCGGAAAAUGUGUAAAAGAUUGUUAAUAUUUUAAGUUCUAUAUUCAAUACUAUCAUAAAAAUAAAAAUGUUUCUUAAGAAAAAUAAAUAAUUUUAAAUAA